GAAAGGGAUUAAGUCUUGUUAACAUUUUUAAUUAUUUUGCAUACAUAUUUCUGAAUCUGUUAUUGCAUGAUGACAUCUACCAUGGACACAUACACCAAAGAAACAUCUCUGCUCGAGAUCCAAAUGGAAGAGGAAGGGAGAUGGACUUCUGACUCAAAUGACAAAUCUGUCCAGUCUGUUGUUUUUAUAAGGCAGAAGAUAGAACUAUUUAUCACACUUUUCAACCGUGACUACAGCCAGAUCCAGGUUCUUAUCGAUAAACUGAGAGAAAUCACUGACAGUGUGGAGGAAGUUCACCGGGGCGCCACUAUCGGGAGCAUCUCAGGAUCAGUGAUUGGAGCAGCUGGAGGAAUCACCUCCAUCGUGGGGCUCGUCCUGGCUCCGUUUACUCUGGGAGCAUCACUGAUAGUAACAGGGGUGGGGAUUGGUGUAGCAGCUGCUGGAGGUGUAACUGGAGCUGCGUCCAACAUCACUAACAUGAUUAAACAGAAAACCUCACGUGAGGAAAUCGAAAAAAUUCUUAUGGAAGUUCAGGAGAAACUUAACCCCAUGAUUGACUGUCUUAAAGAGAUAGAAAUCGAGAUUGAAGAGUUCUCAGCCUCAAGCUCAAAGGCUGCAAAGGCCGGAGCUGGAAUAGCUGCAGGGGUUGGAGGAUUUUUAGCAGGAGGGAUCCGAUUGGCUAGAAUUGCAGACAUUGGUAAAGUAGCAGCACAAGUAUCUAGAACCGUUAGAGUAGCUGGAGCAAUCUCUGGAGUUCUCUCAGGGCUCUUUGUCGUACUUGACAUUUUCUUCAUUGCCCAAGAUGCCAUAGAACUCGAUCAAAUGAACAAUCCAAAGAAAGGGAAGAAGGUGAAAUCAGCUACAGCUAAGUUCCUUAUUGAGAUGAGAAACACCAUCUCUGCCCUUCAGGAAGCUCUGGAUGAGCUAAAGGAGGUUAAGGGAAAAAUACAGAUACACACAGAAUCUGAAAUGCUCAUUUGCCACGAAGGCAUGACCUAUUAUGAGAGCGAGUGCACUGAUUUGUCGAUGAUGAUUACUAGUUGAACUGGUGAGACCUGUCCAUAUCUCACAUUUAUACUCUACUCACACCUGAUGGACGCUAAAUAGUUACAUGCCAUUGCUUUAAUAAGUUGCCAAACAUUUGCUGAUAUGCACAAAUGUUACAAAUUAAAAAAAAUCCAUUGAUUAAUACAUUACUGUUUAAAUCAAUAAUUAAUCUAAUAAAAGAUAUGCCAGUCUGGGAAUUAACUGAAGUCGGUAUAACAAAUCCAACUAAUACUUAAUACCAAAUAACCAAAUUCUAAGCUUAAUGCUAAAUAACCAAUUAGUGGAGUGAUUUAUCAGUCUACUCAUGCUUGAGCAUGGAUUGUUUGAAUGAUUGUUGUUGUAAUAAAUGUAAAUAUUGUCUUAAAAUUUUUAACUUUUCAAAAAGUGGGUUGGAUGCACAUUCUAAACAGUGCUGAACUGUUGAGUCAGUGUUUCCUGUUAACAAAAACCUAAUACGGUUUAAUACUGUAUACUCUUUUAUUAUUAUACAUGUGAUUCACAGUAAUGAUUAAAACUACGAUUAAAAUGACUCCUGUGAUUAACAUUGUUUUAAUAAAAAUAGCAUUGCCUGUU